UACAAGCGACUGAAAGAGGUUAGAAAAAAAACUGUUUACAAAUUACAGAUUUAUAUCCAGAACUUGGUGAAGUAAUAAACUUGUAAUCGUAUCUCUGUUGCGUAACCACGGUGUUGGAAUUUCUACUCAGUGUCCGUGAUAAACACAAAAAAAAACAGAAAAGAUAUCCUUCAACGCGAUGAUAGCCUUAUUGACCAGAAGGACGAGUGGAGGGGAUCACAUUCGAAAGUGUAUAUCGCACGUACUGGAGCGGAGAGAUUUAUCAGCCGCCGUUUCGAAGAAAGCAAAAAUGAGCAAGCUUACUCCGGAAGAAAGGGAACAGAACUUGAAUCCACUGCUGUCAACAGGAUGGACUGUACAGUCCAACAGGGACGCGAUUUACAAGGAGUUUGUAUUCAAAAACUUUAACGAGGCAUUCGGAUUCAUGACAAGAGUAGCCAUGCAAGCUGAGAAAAUGGAUCACCAUCCCGAAUGGUUCAACGUAUACAACAAAGUAAACAUUACUUUGUCGUCUCACGAUGUGAAUGGAUUGUCGCAGAGGGAUGUGAAAUUGGCAACUUUCAUUGACAAAGUUGCCGCCACUGGUAACAAGUAAAAACUUGUCUUAAAAAGCUGAUUGUUCCGGGCUCUAUUUGUUGGAUACUUACAUGACAAUAAGGCGAAAAAUGUUUUUUUUUUUUUAUUAUUAUUAUC